GCGGCCCUCGGGGGCGUGGUGUUCACACGUGUGUAGUUGUUGUUUUGGCUCCGUGUCGCAGCGGAGCUUCAUCUCGUCACUGUCAUAUAAUAAAACACACACGGUCACACGCACGUCAGCGGCCCCGUUAACCACCGGGGGCCGGUCUUCGACAGUGAUGAUGUCUACCGCUGCUCCCAAAGACAAUAUGUGGGUUUUCCUUGCAAAGAAGUCAGGCGGUAAUCUUUCCGGAACCCGUUGCUGGGACGUUGUUCAGGACACAACAAGUGGUAACUGAAACCCAUCUCCUGGAGACAACUCGCGUGGAAUCUCAUUGUUUACGUUCUUGGCGACAUGGACAAUGUUGAUGACUACCACAUUUGGCAGCGCCGUGUCCACCACGGGAUCAGGUACCAGAAAGAAGCCUUUUAAGUUCCAGGUCAAGAAGCAGGAACAGAAGUACGCGAGGAGACGGAACCGCGACGCAGAUUUCCAGGAACCGGAAGGACUGACGGUGGCUAGUAAGAGACGGACAACGCUGAGGCACAGGGACGGCGAUGUCCUGGACACUCACCUGUCGUACAUGUGUCCGAUUGAGUUUGAGACAGAAAUGGAUGAGGAGGUCGGACUAGAAAAGAUGAAGCUUGAAAGUCAUUGGUCAGGAACAGCCGUCGAUUCACUGGAUGUGAAGCGAGAGGCGGGAGAAGUUGUUGUCUCCCCAGCGCAACCGCGGACUAAGGGUUCGUUCAACUCUCAUCCGAGCGAUGGGGCGAUCUCGCGUCUGUUCUCGGAAGACGGCGACAACGUCAAGGUAAAAACGCUGAGGCAGAGGCUGUGGAUGAAGAGAGCCGCUCGCUCCAAACACAUCCUGAAGUCGUGGCGAGUGAACGACCUGUUCGCCCGCUGCAGAGCGAUCGGGUUGGACUUCAACGUCGGUUCGGGCAACAAGCAGAGCUUGGAUCUGCGACUGCUCACCAACCUUGUGCUGUGUGAGGUGUUGAGAUUUGCAACUGCCAUGAGAAAGAGGUUACAAGGUUUUUUAUUUCACAUUCUGGACGGCAACUUUAACCUCGUCCAAGACGAACAGCGUCGGCAGAACUUUGUAUACUACUUCAUGACCACGGGAAAGGUUCUUCAGAGCCACCCGGCGAGAAGGAGGUCGGAGUUCCUGUGCAGUCCCUUUCAUUUCCCAGAGAUCUACAACGUGACCAGCAGGUUCCCGUCUGCACGGCAAGUCAAAGCCGAGCGGCAGACCAACUGCGAGUCAUCGCUCCCAGUUACAAACCGGCGGGCGGAGGCGGAGCGUCACCCGUUCUGCAAAAAGUUAGGUCUCGAUCUCUGGUCGACAGAAGAACGUCCGCCGAGCCAGAAGCUGGAUUUGUCCGAGCUGACCAAGGGCGCCGUGUUAGACAUACUCGGCUUCGUCAGGGAGCUGUGCGGCGACGUGCCCGAGACCGUGAACGACAUCCUGGAGCACAACUUUGAUCUGGAGCUGCAGAGCGGCGCGACCGAGGCCUCGCGGGCGAUCCAGAGGUGGUACGCGACGCAGAGAAGCCUGAUGAAAAACUGCAGCAGAGUCGCAGCAAAGAUAACCAGGUGGUUGAACAUGGUCGUCCCACUGGGCAAAGAGGCUCUGGAGCAUCUGGAUUCAGAAGACGACAAACAUCCCGACGCGGAGGGGACGGUGAGACGGGUCGACAGCUACCGCAUCUGCAAAGAAAUAGGAUUGGACCUCGAUGUUCCCUCGGAUUCAGGAGCCAAAACUAAGCUGGAUUUGCGGGUGCUGACGAGGGGAGUCCUCUUCGAGGUGCACAGGUAUUUGCACGUGGAACACAACUGCCACCGCUACGUUCCGGCUCUGUACGAGAUUCUGGAGUACAACUUUGACCUGAGCUCUCAGAGUCAUCGGAAGGUGGAGUUCGCCUGGUCGAUCGCCGCCCAGGUGAUCUCCAUGGUGGGGAGGAAGGGCCGACAGGGAAAGGGAGAUUACAUGAACAAGGUGUUCGAGUUGCCCUUGGAGACGGCCAAGGCGCCGCAGGUCGUCUGCAAAGACGAGCCGGCGGCGGACGGAUUUGCCAAACCGGACCUCGGCGACGACGACGACGACGACAUCGUGUUCGUCCGAAAACUGGAGCCCGUCGACAUCGAGGUCGAGGUAGAAUAGUGUGUUCGGAUUACAGCUAACGUCUCGACGGACACGCAGCCUCUCGGGCUUCGUCCACACUUAUUUGUUUUUUCGUGCAAAGUGUAUCACUGUUGCCAUGGUUGCGCCCGGCGCCGACACGACUCUGAAUCAGAGGCUUGUGAUAAAACACUGCUGGUCCACGUGUCAGUGCGAAGGCGACGCCCACGUCCUCUUCUCUGAUUGGUUCUCAUCAGUCGCGACUCGACGACCACCGGUGAAGGCAAAGCGUCGCUAACACUUCCUGUCCGGAACAGUUCCACCUCGUCGUCGUCACUGCUCUGCAUUUUCACCAUCGCUGUUCCUCCUUCAGAGGAGUUUGUGUUACUAAGCAAAGACUGCAGAUUCGACAAUCUACUUCCUGUUGACACCACAUGACCAGUUGUAUGUCACAACGCGACAUGUUUUCAGGUGUGUCUGUGUGGACGGAGAUUAUUUAUGAUACAGAGCUAAGGUUUUUUUUCAAUUCCUGUUUAUGUUUUUGUUUUGUUCCUGGAUCGGAAACGGAUUGAAUGUCAAUAAACAACGUGUUUGACAGUAAAUCUUAAAAUUUUGUAUAAAUGG